GGGAAACCGUAGAUUUAUAUAUUUAAUAUUUAUAUUUUCAGAAUACUGUCGUUUCAAGAAUGGAGGAGGAGGAUGAUUAUGAGAAGUUGGUUGGAGUUGGAAUGGUUGGCAGCAUGGUGGCAGGAGCCUUCGCAGGAACAGCAGAACAUAUCGUUAUGUAUCCUGUUGAUAGUGUUAAGACGCGUAUGCAAGCCCUGAAAUGUGAGAAGAAACUUGCAACUGGUAUUUUCACAAAUGUUCUGGCAAUGAUAAAAGAAGAAGGAGCACUCCGGCCUAUGCGGGGAGCUACUGUUGUUGUUGCUGGUUCAGCACCUGCGCAUGCGCUUUACUUCACAGGAUACGAACAGAUUAAGAAAUGGUAUUUCAAUAGUCGGAGGUUUAAAUCUUUACCAGACUCUGUUGGACACGGAGCAGCAGGAGCUGUGGCAACCAUCUGUCAUGACGCUAUAAUGACCCCUGCUGAAGCUGUAAAACAGAGAAUGCAGAUGUGCUGUUCUAAAUAUACAAGAUGGACACUGUGUGCUAAAUCUAUAUACAGAGAGGAGGGAGGGCGAGCUUUCUUUAGAGCAUAUACUACUCAGCUCAGUAUGAAUAUACCAUUCCAGAUGUGCCAGUUUGCAGUUUACGAGGCUACUAUGAAAUUUCUAAAUCCAGAGGGGAAGUAUGAUCCAAAGGCUCACUUGAUAGCAGGUUGUACUGCUGGAGCACUUGCCGCUGCGAUCACAAAUCCUUUAGAUGUUUGCAAAACCCUUCUAAAUACACAGGAACCUCAGUUGCUGAAGGAGUUGAAGACAACUAGGAUAGAUGGAGGAUGGAAUGCUGUAACUACUGUUCACAAAGUUGCCGGUUUCCCGGGAUUUUUCAAGGGUUUGAGCGCGCGAGUGUUGUUCCAAGCGCCCUCUAGCGCCAUCUGUUGGUUCACAUACGAGUCUCUCAAGCAUAUAAUCUCCUUGCAGCAGACAAUCGAGGAAAAGUACGAAACUCUAGCCGACAUUAGAUCUAGCGGUGUUGGCGGUACCACCGGUGUAAUCGGCGGCAGCGAUAAAUCAAAACCUGGUGCAGAAAAGGGUUCGGAUAGACUGUGGGAGACAAUUACCGAUCUUCCCCGCCCUAUUCACGCUCUUGAAACAUGGGCGGAGCAACCUAACUCCGCCCUCAAAUAUUCCGAGUCUAAGUUUUCCGCCCAUAUCAGGAGGGAUUAGAUGAAUAUGCUCAGGUCGAAUACAGGUCAGUUAUCAACAGGUUUCAGAAAAUCAGAUCAAUCAUUUUUCAUUAAUUUACAUCCGAGUUGGAAAUUUUUGAAUUA